AUGAACGGCAGCGGGGUAGCAGUGAACUCAGCGCCCAUCAGCCAGGGACAGCAGGCGAUGAUGGCGCCCAACUCGACGCCUCCCAGCGCAUCCACUCCCAAUCAGGUAAUGAUGGUCCACCACGGACACCAACCGCCGCCCAUCAGCAGCUCACCGGGGAUGAUGGUGAACGGCGGGCCGGGCAGCAUGAUGGGCCCCAAUAGCAACCACCCGGCAGCCUCGCCCACGCCCUCCAGAGGGUCAGCCCACUCUGCCUCUAGCAGUCCUCAUCCCUAUCAGACACAGCAGCAGCAGCAGGGACCACAGUCUCAGAUGCAGCACCAGCAGAACACACCGAACGCCUCGCCCUCCCCACAACACGGCUCUGUCCAUCCUUACCAUCCUGGUCAGGCACGGACGCCGCCGGUCUCUGCUGGACCGCCCAAUGGCCCUCCGUCAUCAGGCAUGAACGUGCAGCAGCAGCAGGGCGGAGGCUACAACUCUUCCAACUCGGCCUCACCAAAGGCCAACUUUGUGGACCAGUACGGCAACAAUCCGUACGACACUGCGCAGAGGUUUGAAAAUCGAAUGAACAGCUACCGGGAACACCAGAACAAUGCACUGCGCAAGGAGGCGAUUGCAAUGAAUGCUAACUACAGCAAGUCCGCUCUGGAAACGGAAAAACUGCGCAAACAAAUCAUCAAAAAUGAAGCCGCCGCAGCCGCCUCCACGGGCAGCAAGUCAAAGAAAGGCGGUCCCGGUGGGGCGGGCGGGGGAAGGGCAAGGAAUGGCGCAGGGGCAAAGCGAAACGCCGCAGCGAUGAACGCAGCGGCGGCCGCAGCAGCCGCUGCCCAGAGUCCAAUGGCCGCCGCCAGUCCAAUGGGCGCCAUGAUGAACGGGCCCAGUGGAGCACACGGCCAACAGCAGGUCGUCGGACCGCCCGGUGCUGCAGGCAGCAUAGGCGCAGGUGGCGGUGGCCCCAACGGCGGCGGACCCAUGAUGGGACCCGGAGCUACUGGCCUCGGCGGUGCCAACACCACCACCGGUCCUGGGCCAAAGCCGGCCAAGGUGGCCAAAACGACGGCAAAGAGUCGCAAGAAGAGCGCUGCAGCAACUGCGGCAGCUGCGGCCACUCAGGCAGCACAGGCUGCAGCCGCCCAGCACCAGCAGUCAUCCGUCUCCGAUCCGAUGAUGGUGGGCAGCAAUGGACAGCAGCAGAUGAUGAUGCAGUCGCACCAGCAGGGCAAUGCACCAAACACUACCUCAGAUGGACUUCACGGCCAUCCUCACGGCAUGCACCACCCCCAACACCACCAGCAUCACAAUCACAUGAACGGCGUCGGUGGUGGAGGAAACGGUGCUCACGGCCCGAACAAUGUCUACAAGUUCGAGUCCAGUGAGAUGAAGAUGGUGGGAACGCCACACAUGAUGAGCAAUGUCAAUGGUCCGCACUCUAACCACCUAAAUGGUCCUCCGGGUGGUGGGCAGAUGCACUUCCACCAGCAGCAGUCUUCGUACCACCACCAGUCUUCCAGUCUGAAUAUUAAGAGUGAACUGCACGACCACCCGACGCAGCAGUCGCCCGUCACCACCGCCUCCUCCGCCUAUGCCUCCUUUGACUCGCUGAACAUGGACAGGCUGGACUCCUGCAUUACUGACCUGCUCGUGGACGGCCAACUGGCCGACGAGAAGCCGGGCAUCAUUGAGGAGUCGAACAUAAUCGACCAGCUGGCUAUGCUCGGACCACCGCCGCCGCCUCACCCGCCGCCCACUGCCAAUGGCAGCGUCAACUCCGUCUUCACCAGCCACAGCGGCGGAGGCAUUAUGAACGGGCAAAUAGUCACAAACAGUCAGCACUCCUCCUCCUCCUCCUCCUCUUCCAUCAACUCGGUGACUACUGUCAACAGCAGCAGUACACUGCACUUUGAUAACUUUGAUACAGCCGACUUUGCCGACGAUAACAUUCUCAAUCAGUUCGGUGACGAGGAAUUCAUUACCAAGUUUCUCGAGGAAAUCGAGGCCGGCAACUCUGACUUUAUCAGCAACGGCCCAAUGGCGGUGGGUGAUCUCAAUGACAACUUUGGUUCGCUCAUCAACGGUGCCGGUGGUGCUCAUCCUCCCUCUCUUCCUCCUCACGCUGCCACUGGUGCUGCUGGUCAGCUGAUGAACGGUCUGGACAGUGCUGCUGGUCCUCCGAACAGCAUCGGCUCACCGAUGAACCAUGCACCGAAUGUCGGCUACCACGGAGGCCACUCAACGCCCAGUCCACUGGCCAACGGACCGCCUCCCUUUCCUCAGCAGCAACAGCAUCAACGGUCCAUGGGCUCUGGUGCCUCUGGUCCCGGCGGAUCAAAUCACAGCCUCGAGCAGAUGUUCAGCAGCAGCAACUCCGUCUCGACACACUCUCCACUGCCUUCAAUCAACACGCUCUCCAAAGGACCUAAUUCAAUGGGAAUGACGCCCCUGGGGAGUCGCAUGCAGCAACAGCAGCAGCAGCAACAUCAAGUGCCUUCACAACUGCAGAGCAAUAGCGGCCAACAGUCCAACUUUGCCCAGCACGGCCCUGGUGGCGGCAUGGGGCCUGGCAGGCCUUCACCUCAGCAGAUGAAACAGCAGCAAUUCGUUGGCAAUAACAACUCCAUGGGCUCCAUUGGCCCCAAUAGUCAGCAGAUGAUGAUGAGCGGAGGUGGUGGCGGUUUGAACGGACCACAGAUGAACAGCAACAGCUGCUCACCGAAUGGCGGCCUCCAAUCUCCCCAGAUGAUGCCUCGUCCCGGCUCUGGCCCUAGUCCUGGCUGCGCCGUGGGUGGUGGCCCUGGUCUGCUAACUCCAGUGGGCGGUGGUGCCCACCUCGGCGGUCCGCCAGGACACCCGGGAGUUCAGCACACGCCCAGUCCGGACGGAAUGGUGCACCUGAAUCACAGCAUGAUGAGGGCCAAUAACACACCUUCGCCCAUUCAUCCGCAUCAGUCGGUGACGCCGCCUCAUGCAGGCAUGAUGCCCAUCGGCCCAGGCGGUGGCGGUCCGAAUGGUGCCGGGGGAGCGAAUGCCAACGCUUCCGUCAAGUUAAAACAAAUGGCACAGCAGAAAGCAAACAAGGCUCAACAACAACAGCAGCAGCAGCAACACCAGUGGAACAGUCAAAUGAGCAAUGGACCAGUUGAUCCGUACGCCUUCUCUGGCCCUGGUGGUCCAUCCCCUGGGCCAAUGAUGAACUCGGUGGGUGGGCCGAGAAUGAAACAGCAGCAGCCUAACCAGCAGCAGCAAAUGCGAAUGUCAGCCGCCAGUCAGCAGGUGAACUACGGUCAGCAAGGACCGAUGCCUAGUCAGAUGGGAGGUCCGAUGACCAACCAACAGCAGCAACAGCAGCAGUUUGCCAUGGCCAAGCAACAGCAAAUGCAAACGAGGCCACAGCAGAUGAAGCAGCAACAGCAGCAAAUGUACAUCAACGGACCGGUGGGUGGACAGAUGGGCGGUCCUGGGGCCGGCCAGCAGAUGGGUGGCCCUGGUGGUCAGCAGCAGCAGAACGUCUACUACCAACAGCAACAGCAAGCGGCAGCACUUCGGAAUCAGCAAAUGGCAGCCGGUAACCAGCAGCAGCAGGGAGGGCCGCCCUUCAACACGCAAUCUCAGCAGCAGCAAACACCGAUGAUGGCUCAACAGCAACAUCGACCUCAGCAGCAGCGACCAAUGAGCGCCCAGAGAGGCAUGAUGGCGCAGCAGAAUGGCCCGGUUGCAUUCAGUCAACAGCAGCAACAACAACAACAGCAACAAAUGCUGGCUGCUCAACAGCAGCAACGAAUGCAACAGCAGCGAUUCAGCGGACCAAUGAGCCAACAACAACAACAACAACAACAGGCAAUGGCCAACUACGGCCAGCAGCAGUCGCAGCCGAACUCGAUGAUGAACGGACCAGGACCGGGGCAAAUGCAGCAGUCUCAGCAGCGCUUCCCACAGCAGCAACAGCAACAGGCGAAACGUAGUGCACUUUAA